AUGGCAUCGACUUCUGAGGGAGCUGUCCCUUGGUCGAAUGAUAAGGACGAUUAUGAACUUUUAGGAGUCAUAGGUGCUGGUGCUACAGCAGUGGUUCAGGCUGCUAUUUGCAAACCACGAAAUGAGAAAUGUGCUAUCAAACGAAUCAACUUGGAAAAGUGCAAUACUACAGUGGAAGAGCUUUUGAAAGAGAUCAGAGCCAUGAGCCAGUGCAAGCAUGAGAAUGUUGUAUGCUACUAUACAUCUUUCGUUGUCAAAGAAGAGUUGUGGGUGGUCAUGAAGCUGUGUGGAGGAGGUUCAAUGCUGGACAUAAUAAAAAUGCGCCUGCGUUCGGGGUAUGGUAAAAAUGGAGUUUUGGAUGAAGCUUGCAUAGCAACAGUGCUGAAAGAGGUUUUGAAAGGACUGGAAUACUUUCAUGCGAAUGGACAGAUACACAGAGAUAUAAAGGCUGGCAACAUACUUAUUGGAGACGAUGGCUCGGUUUUUGUUGCUGAUUUUGGAGUAAGUGCCUGGCUUGCCACUGGAAAAGACUUGACUCGAGACUCUGUAAGACAUACGUUUGUAGGAACUCCUUGCUGGAUGGCUCCAGAAGUUAUGGAACAGGUUACUGGAUAUGAUUUCAAGGCAGACAUUUGGAGUUUUGGAAUAACAGCCAUUGAACUGGCUACAGGAACUGCUCCAUAUCAUAAGUAUCCACCAAUGAAGGUUUUGAUGUUGACUUUGCAAAAUGACCCUCCUACACUGGACACAAAUGCUGAGGAGAAAGAUCAGUACAAAAGCUACAGCAAAAUCUUCCGCAAGAUGAUCAGUGACUGCCUCAAGAAGGAACCAGAAAAGAGACCAACUGCCAAGCAGCUGUUAAAACAUGAGUUCUUCAAGAAGGCAAAGGACAAAGCCUAUCUGCAGAAAAAUUUGCUGCCAGAAGGGCCAGUGGUCAAGGGUCAAAAGGUUAAACGUGUCCCUGGCUCAAGCGGACGCCUUCACAAAACUGAAGAUGGGGGAUGGGAAUGGUCUGAUGAGGAGAUGGAUGUCACAUCUGAGGAAGGCAAGGCUGCCAUGGCAGAAGGCAGGUCUCCAAGAAUCAGUCUGGCUCCAACUGAUAUUCCAGACCUACCACCUCCAUCUGCCUCCCAUGAUGUUGGGAAGAAGGAAAAUAAGCAUGUUGAAAAUGAUGCAUCAAAAAGUGCUGAAUCAUCACAUAAAGCACCAGCCGAGACAUCCGAGGAUCAUGCAGUUGAGCGCAGAGGCAGCAUUGUUAAUGAGAAGCCCAGAAAUAUGGUGCUGCGAUUAAGAAAUGAGAAAAGAGAGCUGAAUGAUAUCAGAUUUGAUUUCAAAAUUGGGCAAGACACAGCAGACAGUGUUUCCAGGGAACUAGUAGAGGCAGGUUUGGUUGAUGGCAGGGAUAUGGUAGUUGUUGCUGCAAAUUUACAGAAGAUGGUAGAUAGAAGUGAUUUGACAAACAUUACAUUUGCUUUGAAUUCCGGUUGUGGCCCUUAUGAAUCUCCUGAUGACAAAGCAUUGAUUGGGUUUGCUCAUCUCAGCAUCAGUGACUCAUAG